AUGCGACCCAUCCCUCGCCCGGCCUGGAUGGCUAGCUAUCUCGGCACUAUUCCCGCCCUCGUAUCCAGCAUUCGGCAGCACCCCCCCGGAGUUGAACCCACGUUAGAUAGUAUUCCGCAAGUCAACGAGUCCAUGCUCAAGAACCAGCCACUCUCAACCAUAAUCCGAUACAUGCAAGAAGACGGGUUUCGCACCUGGGGCUUUGUUGUGUAUCGCUGCGCAUAUGCCAGCGACUCGCAGUGGGCGAGUUAUCUCGAAUUCUUGAAGGAGGCAGUCAGAGAAUAUCUUCAAUUUGUUGAACUCGAGACCCUUCUCUGGAAGCACUUGGAGUGGACAAUUAUCGAGGAUCCCUCAGAUCUCGACGGCGCCUCCGAGCAACACGUCCGAGAGAGAUUCUCGGACUGGGCUGCAGCUAGAUCUGUCGAGAGAGAUGGCCCAGUCGUCGACGAUCUAUGGCUCCAGAACAGGCCUAGAUUCAAAUACUGCAUCUACGUCGACCAGCGUUGUCUGGAUACAGUCGAUCAAUACGAAACCUGGGUCGACCAAGGAGCCCCUGGCCCCCUCAAGAAUGUUGUUUGCGCCAUAAUCGACAGAACCGCCAAACCGAAAGGACGAGGACGAAAUGGAUACCCCUCUGUAGAGGGUUGUGCCAAGAUGGACACUAGAUAG